GGCCACCUCUUGCGGAUGACAUUGGCAUCAAGUAUACUAUGCUUGACCCUAUGUUCGACAAGGGCCAUCGUGCCCGUUUUAUUGAGAACGGAGUGAUGCUCCCGCCACUGCGGAUGAGGGGUCACGGGACGACCGUGAAGAUGGAGUACGACGAGCGGUACGCGCCGUUCUACAGGAGAGCCCGACUGCUGGGUUUUGUCCUGCAGUUCAAGCGCAAGCCGCUGAUGCUCGUCCACUCAGCUCUCACGGCUUUGACUGAUCGGUGGCGGCUAGAGACGCACAGCUUCCAUCUUCCAUGUGGGGAUAUGACGGUUACACUCGAGGAUUGGGGGAUGAUUACGGGCCUACCGCUCGAGGGUCAUGCUCUGACAUGA